AUGAUGAACAGAAUUGCCCUCAGAGCCGUUGCCCGUCCAGUAGCUUUACGUCAAGCUCCAAUCGGUUUACGUUUCUUAUCUACUCCAGUUGAACCAAAGGAAAAGGCCAACUCUAUCAUUGAUGCUCUUCCAGGUAACAACUUGAUCUCCAAGACCGGUAUCUUAGCCACCUCAGCUGCCGCCGCUGUCUACGGUAUCUCCAACGAAUUAAUCGUCUUACACGAUGAAACCAUCUUGGUUGUCACCUUUGCUACCUUCACUGCCUUAUGUGCCAAGUUCAUUGCUCCAUUAUAUACUGAAUGGGCCGAUGGUGAAAUCAAGAAAGUUAACGACUUGUUGAACGAAUCAAGAACCAAGCACGUCUCCGCCGUUAAGGAAAGAAUCGACUCUGUUGGCCAAUUAAAGGAUGUUGUCUCUACCACCCAAGCUUUAUUCGCUGUUUCUAAGGAAACCGCCGAAUUGGAAGCUAAGUCUUUCGAAUUAAAGCAACAAUUGGCUGUCUCCCACGAAGCUAAGUCCGUUUUAGACUCAUGGGUCAGAUACGAACAACAACAAAGACAAUUAGAACAACAGCAAUUGAUCAAGUCUGUCUUGGAUAAGGUUAACAAGGAAAUUGAAAACCCUAAGUUCCAAGAAAAGAUCUUGAACGAAUCAGUUGCUGAAGUCGAAAAGUUGUUCGCUAAGGCUUAA